AUGGAAAGAAGGUGGACCCAAGCACAGAUGAAGACAAGGAUAAGAAUUGAUAAGAGUAGUAUUUUGAAAAUGACUGCAAUGAUGGCUGAUGGACAAGUUACAAAGUAUAAUUGUAUAAAAGUUCAGAGUGAGAACGAUAUUUUUCGGUGCAAUAGUUACACGAACUUAAAUUGGGAUGAUUUUGAAGAAGUUCUUACAAUGGAUGAGCUGGUUGGUGGUGCUAUUGUGUCUUAUAUGAUGGUGUUGUUUAACAAAAUCAAGUAUGGCCCACCAGAAAGAGAUCAUGGAAUUUGCUUUGUGAACCCGUCUGUAAUCUUGCCAAGUACGCGUAAAGGGAAAUAUAAGAAUAUUGAUGAUGCAAGUAGAGGUGUUGCAGAUCGGUUUGUCUACUAG